CUGCGUGAGGACAGGGUCAAGGAAGUAAACAUGGCGACAGGAACGACACCAGGCUAUGCUGCGGGAGGAUAUGGGGGAGCACCCCCUGGACAACCUGCAGCACCGUACCCCCAGGGACAACCUCCAGCACCGUACCCCCAGGGUGGACAACCUCCAGCACCGUACCCCCAGGGUGGACAACCUGCAGCACCGUACCCCCAGGGACAACCUCCAGCACCGUACCCCCAGGGUGGACAACCUCCAGCACCGUACCCCCAGGGUGGACAACCUCCAGCACCGUACCCCCAGGGUGGACAACCUCCAGCACCGUACUCUCAGGGAGGACCUCCAGCACCGUACCCCCAGGGUGGACAACAAGGUGGUCCGCAAGCUGGUUUUCAGGGCCAGUACCAGGGGGAGGUGCCCAACACGGAUCUCGAUGAUGAUCUUGAUGCGAGACCUGCUGAAGCAUUAGCGCCCCCUAUCGACAAAAUGGACAGAGUGAACGGAUACGAGAACGCUGGUUUCAAUAGUGCGUAUUUACCGCCGCCAUCUUCUGAUCAUUCUCAACAACCUUCAGCUCCAGAAAGAAGAGAGUUCCAAAACUCGCCAACAAUCACAGAAGAACAAGCGAGAGAAGCGUUGCUAGGUUACGUGGCGGAACACUGUUGCUAUGGAGCGGGUGCUGCCAAGGAGAUGAACAUUAAAGACCUCAAAUUGUCCAGUGCCUUCCAUUACACCCUAGAGACAUAUGGAGAAGCUAGAUCAUCGACAUGGGUCUGCGAACCGUUUACAGGUCAGCCAAUAGACGGACCGCAGUAUGGGCCAGCACCGGGACCGUGGGAAGUCGCGGCCCAGCCUCCCUGCAUGUUCGAGGACGCUGAGGUGGAGGUCGAGGUGCCACACACCGCAUCUGUGAAGCCGUGUCAUGAAUGUAUGGCGUCAGGAAGAAGCCGAUGCAAUCGCUGCUAUGGCCGAGGACGGGUGCGCUGCUCCACGUGCCGCGGAAGAGGGCAGAAAACAUCAUUCGUGAGCGGGGAACGUUCUGAACGCUACUGUAGCAGGUGUAACGGGACUGGAAGACGAAGGUGCUACACCUGUGGUGGAUUCGGACAGGUGACAUGCAACACCUGUGAUGGAAAAGCCAACCUCAAGUGCUGCAUCAAACUGACAGUAACAUGGACGAACCACAUUGACGAUCACGUCGUCGAGCGGACGGAGCUCCCUGAUGAACUCAUCUGCGACGUAUCGGGCCAGGUGACCUUCGAGGAGUCGCAGAUCAAGGUUUGGCCAUUAAAGCAUUUUCCUGAGGCCGAGGUGAACCAGGCCUCCAACCGUCUGAUUACUGAGCACAGCAAUUCGUUUAAAGAUGAACGCAUUCUGAUGCAGAGACAGCGAGUGCGGACCGUUCCCGUCACCGAGGUGUUCUUCAAGUGGAAGGACUUGGACUCUACAUUCUUCGUGUACGGGUUCGAACACAUAGUGUACGCGCCCACGUACCCACAGAAAUGCUGCUGCGGCUGUACUAUACUGUAAACCAGACGAGACGCACCCACCUACCCACAGCAGUGCUGCUGCGGCUGUACUAUACUGUAAACCAGACGAGACGCACCCACCUACCCACAGCAGUGCUGCUGCAGCUGUACCAUACCCACAGCAGUGCUGCUGCGGCUGUACCAUACUGUAAACCAGACGAGACGUGCACACCUACCCACAGCAGUGCUGAUGCGGCUGUACCAUACUGUAAAGCAGACAAGUCGCGCCCACUUACCCACAGCAGUGCUGCUGCGGCUGUACCAUACUGUAAAGCAGACAAGUCGCGCCCACCUACCCACAGCAGUGCUGCUGCGGCUGUACCAUACUGUAAAGCAGACAAGUCGCGCCCACCUACCCACAGCAGUGCUGCUGCGGCUGUACCAUACUGUAAAGCAGACGAGAUGCACCCACUUACCCACAGCAGUGCUGCUGCAGCUGUACCAUACGGUAAACCAGACGAGACGCGCCAACCUACACAACAGUGCUGCUGCGGCUGUAUGAUACGGUAAACCAGACAAAAUGAGACGCGCCCACCUACCCACAGCAGUGCUGCUGCGGCUGUACCAUACUGUAAACCAGACGAGACGCGCCCACCUACACACAACAGUGCUGCUGUGGCUGUAUGAUACGGUAAACCAGACGAGACGAGAUGCGCCCACCUACACACAGCAGUGCUGCUGUGGCUGUAUGAUACGGUAAACCAGACGAGACGAGAUGCGCCCACCUACACACAGCAGUGCUGCUGUGGCUGUACCAUACUGUAAACCAGACGAGACACGCCCACCUACCCACAGCAGUGCUGCUGUGGCUGUACCAUAUGGUAAACCAGACGAGAUGAGCACACCUACACACAGCAGUGCUGCUGUGGUUAUACCAUACAGUAAACCAGACGAGAUGCGCACACCUACCCACAGCAGUGCGGCUGCGGCUGUACCAUACGGUAAACUAGAUGAGACGAGACGCGCACACCUACCCACAGAACUGCUGCUGCGGCUGUACCAUACGGUAAACCAGAUGAGACGAGACACGCCCACCUACCCACAGAAAUGCUGCUGCGGCUGUACCAUACAGUAAACCAGGACCAGGCGAGGUGCGGCCAUCACAGGAGCUCUUGUAAGGGAUUAAUUGUCAUGACCAGUGCAUUUUACCACUAAUAUUUUAUCCAUUUAAGGUGAAGAACUGAAGAAAACAAAAUUCCAAAAGGGAUAGGUUCGCAUCCAAAAUCCCCAAAUAUCAUGCCUAAAACAUCCAACUUAAGUGAUGACGAUAUUGCCAAUUACCUAAAACAUGAACAGUUGAAAUUCACCACAUUUCCACUACCAAAGUCAGACAUUUAGCUCAUAUGUAGUACCAUAGAACUGGGCUACACACAAGAUGUUAUGAUAAAUCAAUCAUGUCUUGUUUCCUAUCACAGUGGCCACAGAAAGCAAGUUCACGCUGGUUUGAUUACUCGAUGUGUGGUUAGCUUGUUAAUGUUGGUAGUGCUUUUUUUCAACCUAGACAAUACCACAACAUUCCAAAUACACUUCACCCAUCACGUCUGGUAUUAAUAUAUAUUUCUUCUUGUUUUUCCAUUGCAACAUUUUAUUCCACAGAAUAUGAGCAUACCAGUAUUGAACAUUCCACAAAUUAAGCAUUCCUGUAUUACCAUUCCACUAUGUCAUUUCCAGUAUUAAAAGCCUGACACUGCACAAUUAUGAUAACAAAUCCUCAUCUCUUAUACUGCAUAGACAACAACCACACUGCAUAGACAACUACCAUACUGCAUAUACACAACUACCAUACUGCAUAGACAACUACCACACUGCAUAUACACAACUACCAUACUGCAUAGACAACAACCACACUGCAUAGACAACUACCAUACUGCAUAGACAACUACCAUACUGCAUAUACACAACUACCAUACUGCAUAGACAACUACCAUACUGCAUAUACAACUACCAUACUGCAUAUACACAACUACCAUACUGCAUAGACACCCACCACACUGCAUAGACAACUGCCACACUGCAUAGACAACUACCACACUGUAUAGACACCUGCCAUAAUGCAUAGACAACUACUAUACUAUAUAGAGAACUACCAUGCAUAGACAACUACCAUACUGCAUAGACAACUACCACACUGUAUAGACAACUACCAUAUUGUAUAGACAACUGCCAUACUGCAUAGACAUCUGCCAUAAUGCAUAGACAACUGCCAUGAUGCAUAGACAACUACUAUACUAUAUAGAGAACUACCAUGCAUAGACAACUACCAUACUGCAUAGACAACUACCAUAUUGUAUAGACAACUGCCAUACUGCAUAGACAACUGCCACACUGUAUAGAGAACUGCCAUACUGCAUAGACAACUACCACACUGCAUAAACAACUACCAUACCGCAUAUAGACAACUACCACACUGCAUAGACAACCACCAUACCGCAUAUACACAACUACAUGUACCAUACUGCAUAGACAACUACCAUACUGCAUAGACAACUACCACACUGCAUAGACAACUACUAUACUAUAUAGACAACUACAUAUACAAUACUGCAUAGACAACUACCACACUGCAUAUAGACAACUACCAUACUACAUAGACAACUACUAUACUAUAUAGACAACUACCACACUGCAUAUAGACAACUACCACACUGCAUAUAGACAACUGUCAUACUGCAUAGACAACUACCACACUGCAUAUACACAACUGCCAUACUACAUACACAACUACCACACUGCAUAUAGACAACUGCCACACUACAUAGACAACUACCACACUGCACAGACUAGUAGUUGGUAGUCUACCAUACUGCAUAGACAACUGCCAUACUACAUAGACAACUACUAUACUAUAUAGACAACUAGCAUACUGCAUAGACAACUACCAUACUGUAUAGGCAACUACCAUACUGCAUAGACAAUGGCUAUACUACAUAGAGAACUACCACACUGCAUAUAAGACUACCAUACUGCAUAGACAACUACCAUACUGCAUAGACAACUACCAUACUGCAUAUAGACAACUACCAUACUGUAUAGACAACUACCAUACUGUAUAGACAACUACCAUACUACAUAGACAACUACCAUACUGCAUAUAGACAACUACCAUACUACAUAGACAACUACCAUACUGCAUAGACAACUACCACACUGCAUAUAAGACUACUAUACUGUAUAGACAACUACCAUACUGCAUAGACCGCUACAAGGCAUAAAAUUUGAAUUUUUCAGAGAACCAAUAUGUCGUUCAUGUGUUUUUUGUGUUUGCACUUCAGUAGUUGAGAUACAAAUAAAAUGGUUAAUAGGCAACGUUAUAUUCAUAGCUUUUCUUCUAUCAUAAAUGCGAAAAUAUACUUUUUGUGUUCUAGGACUAACUUAAAAGCUACUAAGUGAGAAUAAAAAUUAGAUUUGUUUGUCCUAACCUAACCAACCCACCUUGAUUUUGACAUUUUUUGGGGAAGAUUUAUUAUUAUUUUAUUUAUUUUUUUAUAAAUAUUUAACCAAUUUCAAUUUGGGCUUCAUUAAGUAUAAAUUUGAUCUGUUGAUCAUAUUAAUUUUCUCAAACAUUUUAAAGUUUCGAUUCGUUUUAAAUUAAAAAUUCUGUAAAAUGCUUGCUUUUCAUUGUAACGAGAACACAAUUUUCUCACGACUGUGGCACGAAAUCUCAUGAACCGCGGUUCAUGUUCAUAGUACAUGGUACAUGCUCUUGUGAUAGGCAAAAUGGGUUUUAAACUAAAUCAAUCUAAUGAUAACUGCAUAGGCACCUUCACGUGAGCAGGCAAAAUGGGUUUUAAACUAAAUCAAUCUAAUGGUAGCUGCAUAGGUACCUUCACGUGAGCCAGAUGAGGCUAUGUAUUGGUAUGCUUUGGCAGUUGCAAUAUUAGCGGUCAUUUUGUCCGACACUAGGUCGCUAGAAUGUCAUUUCGUUUGCUAUUAAUAGACCCGAUUCAAUCCGAAAGAAGCUGUACAAGUGUUGAACUCCGCGGAGAAUCCGCAAUCGACCGACUUGUUCCGACCGACUUGGAAUAGCUUUGAGAGAGAUUUUCAUGAUACCCGUCUAUGAUUUUGAAACAUAUUCUGUUUUCAUCAGGCCCAAUCUCCACAAAAUGUGCAUUUAAAAAUAGAAAAAUAAUUUUUUUAAAGUUUGCAGUAUUUCCACCAUUGUUUAUUAUUUUAAUAGCUAUAUGUCUUAAAGAACGGGAUCUGAAAGGGUUGCAUCUUAGACGCCAUACAUUCCAAAAUAAUUGAAUAUAUAUGAAAACACUCUUUAUAGUAAACAACAUAUACGUUACACAUCAAUUUUCAAUAAAAGAAGACAGUACUCAUGGUUAAUGUGUUCAUGAUAAAACAGGUGAUUAUUUUGUUGAAAGAUAUGCCUGUUUAGGAUAUAAAUAUUCAUAUUUGAGAUAAGUCGACUAUAUCACAAGUUUGAUAUAAGAAAUGUUAACACUUCCACUGCAAUCUGGAUCAGUUUAUCAAGAAGCCAAUGACAAUAUGUUCUCAAUAAAAUAUCCUUUUCAAAGCAAAAACUCUACAAUUUGCCUUCCAAAAGUUACUCCAAACUAAUUUGUUUCAUAUUUUAAAGCUUCUGUAACAUGUUCCUUCCAAGUGACUAACAGUGGUUGUUUGCUUAGCUUUUGCUUAACAAAUUAACAAAAUUGCUUUAACUGAACGAUGUAACAAAGACUAUUCACAAAAUAUAAACUACUUCUAAACAAAACCGUCUUAAAUCAAUCACUGUUCUGUGUAAUAUACAGAGGUCACGUAUCUGUUCUUUUACUUAUUCUCUGAGAUGUAUUUGUCAAUGGACUCCAUGUUCGCCUGGGACAGGGUGAAAAACCUUCUAGAUCUUCCAAUCGGAACAGGUUCUGCAACUGGUAUAAUUAAUUUCUUAAAUGUAAUCCAUAUUUCAUCCGACUUUGAUGGCCAUUUCAACAUGAUCCUACCACGGACUGUGUGCUUUGACAUGAAGGAUAUGAGUGCAUCCGAAUCAUUUAGAUCAAUCUGUAGAACUUUGCCAACGUACCAAUCAUUGUCAUACAUGGCAGCCACCAAAUCCCCUUCACAGGGCUGGAAAUCCUUUGGAUCUUCAUUGUCAGCUUGGAAUGUUGACUGAUCAACUUCAACUGACUCAACCUCACGUUCUGAAGUACGACCAUCUGUCACGUUAUCGCACUGUGGACCUGGAUAUAGCCUGUGCGGUAACCACCCAUUGCAAGGAUUAUCCCAGUUGAGGCACCCUUCACAGUAGCAAGACGUCUCACGAGUAUAUAUCUCUCCAUACAGUGUAGACUGCACAGUAUGUAACUUCAUUGUGCCUGGAAUUGGUUUUGUCUGAAUAGAGGUAAUGUAUUCAGCAGCUGCAUCAUACUGAUCAUGAGAGUAAAAGUAAUAAUGGAUCAACUUUUCAUUCUGGGUUGCCCAUUUGAAGAAAUCCUGAGCGUCUUGUAUGGUUGCUUUUUCUUGCUUAAUUGCUUGUGCUGCUAAACGCUUAGCUGUACCGCCGAUCCCGUCACAUGGACCCUUCCCAUGUCCAACCUCAAAAUAGUUCCACCUUGCAGAUACUUUGAACAGCUCGGCAUGACAUGCUAUGAUGGUAAUCAUGAAGCGGUUUCGGUACUGUGAAGAUGGGCUGUCAGUCCAGUAGUGAAUGCAGCUGGUGUCAGGAAACAUGCGUUUUAUUUCAGGAAUAAGUUGGUUCAGUAUAGCAUACACUGCAGAAGCAUUGUGGUGCUUGACAUCAGAAAUAUAUGCCAUGCUUCUAUGAUCAAUAUUUUCACCAUCAACUCACCACCACGGGAUGAAUGGUGACUGAUGUGGCAUUCCAAUAAGCAGACUGAACCUCGUCCAUCGUUUGGCAUACAAAAUUUUCAGAAAAAUCCAUUUGUAUGAUGACAUGACCCUGUGGCAGAUUUUCUUUCAACUGGCGUAAUGCUUUGUACUGAGCAGCUACUCUGUCAACGUGUCUUUUGAAUGCUUUGUAUUACACCAUCAUCGUUUGAAUAAACUCUUUUCCAUUUACAGAAGUUCUAAUAAUUCUCAUUUUCUUAUGGCCAUCUACAUCAAUGCUUUUCCAUUCCUCAUACUCAACAGUGUUGUUAUUUUCCAGAACAGCCAACUUCUCGGCCAUGUCUGCAAUGGAAAGUGAUGAACACACUGCAUCAGGAUUGGGAGAGAUAUUCAAACAUAGGCUGAUAAGACAUUUCAGUUUCAGAGCCAUGUUCUGGUGAAUAAUACAGAGGCACCUAUUUCUUGACAGUAAUGCUGUGACAUGAAUGUUUUGGGGUCGAAUUUUGCAGAAAGCAGAGAAUGAAAGCUUUAUUGCAGGUUCUUCUAAUACAAACUUGUCAUACACGUUUUGCAAAUAAUCAUUCAGAAUGCGGACUUGCUUUUUCUUUCCAUUUACUGUAUUAACAUCUUCCUUUCCAGGCAUGCAUCUACUAAUAUCAUCUCUUUCCAAAAAAGCAACGACCUGAGCAACCAGCUCUUCUUUCAUGAGAGCUUGACGAGAUCGUCUGGAUGUGGUUAGUAUUUUAGAUGUAUCAACAAUACUGCGACGUCGAGACGUUCCUGCAGCUUUAUUCAAAUGGUUGAUCAUUCUGUACUUUUUGAGAAUCUUCCCACUAACGACCCUGUUGAUAGUCAAUCUGCAUCGCUGGGAAGGAUUUUGUUCAAAUGCUGAUUUUAUUUCAGCUACAACACAGUUACUCAGUUGCAGUUGUUUAAUAACAGACCGAGGCAAAGAUCGAGGACUAAUACCAGCUGUUGUGAGAUCAUGAGACGUUUUCGAUCUUGGUGUAAUAGGAAGGUUUUGAUUGAUUAACAGUGUUGUUUUGUCUUUGUUAAUCAUCUUGGAUGAAAGUCUCUCGAACCUUUUCUGAUAUUUUUUUGAUUUUUUGUUUGCAGUUAAAAUCUGUUCUUUCAGUUUAGCUAUUUCAGUUUUUGCUUUUCUCAGUGCCCUCGACCUUCGGGUGUUUACAGGUGACCUAACAGGAAAUGGCAUUCGUACUAUUAACUGAUCGGACUUGGAUGAACGUUUGUGACCACUUGGGCCCGACAUAGAUAGACAAUCAGAUGAGCUGCUGAUCUCACUAGAUUGGGUAACAAUCUGUGAUUCAGUUUUGUGGAUUUCACUUUCUCCUGAUUUUCUGUUAUUCUUCUCAAGUGCUUUCUUUACUCUGUAUUUCUUACAAUAUUGUUUACUUUUGUCACAACGUACUUUCAGCUUCUUGCUGUUAAGUUGAUUUGCCGGAACUCUGUAUUGUUCUUGUCGGACCUUUUCUUUUUUCAGAAAACCGGUAUCCUUCAGUUUUUUUUGUUCUCUGUACGAUUUUUGAAUUUCCGCCCGUGUUUUGGCCAUUGUCAGACUGAAAUGAAUACAAUUGCAUAAAAUAAGAUAUAGUACAAACGAAAUUACAUUAACUGAGUGAACACUGUCGAUUAGUACAUGCAAUAUACAAAGUGGAUAUAUAAAAAAGCAUGCGCCAUAUACGUUACUGCAUUACAACAGAUACGUUACCUUAACACCAAACUAAACUAUAAGAUAGCUGGUUCUAUUAAGUUAACAAUACAACUGCUUUUCUUUUAAGAGUACACACAAUACUAAAACAAACGAUAUAACAUGCAUAUAUGACAAGAAAUAGACACGAAUUCACAACAUUAAGGCAUUGAUUACAUUUGAUUUUAAUUAGAUUGGAAAUAUAACUCACCAAAUGUGUUUCAACCACGAUAUCUUGGUUCGCAAAUUUACCCGGAAGCUCUUCCAGAUGACGUAAUCACGCCGACGUCACUCUAGGCGAUGUAAGUAGCGGGAAAAUAAAAUAUUCUAAAUGGAACUGCAUUUUGAUCACGUAUCUGGUUAUAUCGUAUUUGGCUAUCAUAAUGCAAUUUCAGUGAAUUUUAAAAAUGUAUGGCCAAUACAUAAUGUAUGUCCAUAUAUAAUGAAUGUCUUUGGGUAGAUACGUGCAACACCACUACAUAAUGGAUAUGAUCAACGUAACAAUGACAAGAGUUGUAACGUAUCUGUUCAAAAUCUCGAGUAACUUAAAAAAUACAGAAGCUCCACACUCUUAACUAUAUUUGUUCAUUAAAUUGAGGUGUUAAGUGAAUGUAUCAUAUAUUGUAUGAAUGAAUUAAGGUUUAACUUUCACACUUUGUGAUCGUAACACAGUUAUUCUAUUCCGGUACUGUGCAUUUACGCUCACAGAUACGUUACAGUAACGUAUCAAUCCUGAAAUUGCCGACAGGGGUUAUCGAUUUUCAAUUUAAAAAACAUUCCCAUUAAAUUAAAAGUGAAUGAUGUAGAAGUGUUUUACUAUUAUUUGACCAAGGAAAUGGACAUUAAUUGCAGGUGCAUUAUGUAUAUUUUACAUCUACAAGACCGGUUAGCGAUGGCAUAUAUGCUUGGCGACACAGUGAAUUUCGCAAAAUGCAGGUAUUCCGUGGUGCAUUGUGAACUCAAUGGAUGUCUAACCUAAAUAUAAAUAUAUAUCACAAUGACAGAACAAGUAUAGGUGUUGUUCGGUCAACAUGGGACAAAUAUAUUGCAAAUAACAUUGGACGUAGGUUAGUAUGACAUGAACAUGGGCAAUUUGCACACUUAGUGGAGAAUGGGCCAUCAGUGUCAUUAAAUUACAUCUGUAUAUAAUAUAAUAUUUUAAGAAACUACAAUGCAGAUAGCAUUUUAUAACAAAAGUAGACCGUGGUCAUGAAGGAAAUCGCUAGACACAUUGAAUGAUGGAGCAAAAGCUGGUUAGAACAUUGUCAUUACCAUCAAGCACAUAUGACCUGCUCAGGCAUAGGAAGGUGCCAAAAAGGGGGUGGGGGGGGGGGGGGGGGGGGCACACA